CUUCUUUACGUGAUCAUCGGCUUAACAUUAAAGGCCACGAGUAUGUGCAGGUUGCUGGAUUUCCAGAAGUGACAUCAGCGUCCAUUUACGUCUGUUUCAUGUCCUCCUCGGAUGAUGGUUCCCAGCAAACAUUUGACGUCGACGCCGUCUCGACGUCGGACUCUGACGUAGGUUUGACGUGGAAUUUUAGUGGGUUUUGCAAAGUGGUUUGUCGUCAAAACCCGACGUCGAGGUGACGUCACAAUAACGACUGGAAAAUCAAUUGUCCCACCCUGACAGUGUCCAAGCAUGUUUAUGUUGGUAUUGGCUGUAAGCGUCCUGGUUCUGCUCGUAUGGAGACUGUGGCGUCAGGACUGUGAUCUCACUCUCGAGUGGAACCUCCGCUUUGGGAAAUCUCCAGAGGCGCUCAAGGGUCGGGUAGUCUGGGUGACGGGAUGCUCGAGCGGUAUCGGCGAGGCGCUUGUUCUGGAGUUCGCGAGGGCAGGUUGCCGCCUCGUUCUGUCCGCGCGCCGCGAGGACCUGCUGGUCAUAAUCAAGCAGAGGUGUAUAGAGGUGUCUGGUGGCCGGCUGUCCUCAGACGAUGUGAUGGUACUGCCGCUCGAUCUGCUUAAGCACGAGACACACGCGGACGCCGCGGAACACGUCCUCAAAUACUUCAAACAGAUCGACUUGUUGGUGAACAACGCUGGCCGCUCUCAGCGGAGCUUGAUCGUGGACACGGCGGUGGAGGUGGACCGGCAGGUGCUCGAUCUUGACCUUCUGGCGCCUAUCUCCCUGACCAAGGCUGUGCUGCCUCACAUGAUCGCCCGGGGCCGGGGUCACGUCAUGUGCACAAGUAGCGUCGCCGGCAAACUGCCCGCACCUGGAUCCGCAACAUACAGCGCGGCAAAACAUGGCUUACAAGGUUUCUUCGAUACGCUUCGAAUAGAGUGUGCUCCUCACAACAUCGCCGUGACAAUGGCGUGCCCGGGUCCAGUGUUCUCGGACGCGCUCCUGCAUGCAUUUACUGAUAAGCCCGGUCAGACCUUGAACGUACCGAUGGACCGUACAUGGAGCCGGAUGACGGCUGCCCGAUGCGCUCAGCUGAUGGUGGUGGCGGCCGCUAACGGGCUGCACGAGGUAUGGGUGACACCCAACCCCGAACUUCUCUUCUGCUAUCUCUUCCAGUACGCCCCAUACAUCGCAAGAAAGGUGUCACUGACUCUAGGACAGCACCGGGCCAACAAGGUGAAAUCAGGAAUUGCAGACCUACACUGAGCGGUCUGUGUGCAGGGAUACACGCUCAAUACCGCGAUAUAUUAUACUGGAAGCCGGGACACUGUGAUAUGCUUGACACGUACUAUAUACUUAGUACAUUAACUAUCAAAUGCGAGAUGAUCAUUUUUUCUGAAGUAGAAACUAAAACUGGAUGCUUUAACACUAGCGUGUUUGUUUUUCAAGUUCAUUUAAAGGAUUAAUGAGCAGGGCCAAGUUUCAUUAAAGACAAUACGGGUUAACAUAGUAACUUAAGGCGUAACCCCGUUAAGCUGUAAACUGUUUUUUUAAUGUAAGAAUAAUUAUUGUAUUCCGAUUCCGCUCGUAAAUGUACGGGUGUCCGCAGGGUAAGGUUAACGGCUAAGGAGGGUUGGUACUCAUAAAACGUCACAAACCAUUUCCUAACUAAAGUCGAUUUGAAGAAGUCAAUUAAAGAGAGAAGUUUUAAAAUUAGAUCCAAUCUAAUUAUUCGAUUCUUUUUCUGGUAUACUUGUUUUAUACUGAUGUAUUAUUGUAAUAUUAAUAAAUAUUUCGGUUUAACAAAAAAAACAACAAUUAAAAUUAAUAUGACGUAUACGCGGUUUAGAUGUAAACGUUUAUUUUUUUAAUAAAGUCAAUGGGAAUAAGGAUUCAGAUGAAACAAAGUUAUUACAUUAUAAGAACAGUGAGAUACUUAAAUUAGGAAAAUGGCUGAAGUUAAGGAAUCGACUUGAUAUGUUUUAUGAAAUUUACCACCGAGUAGGAGAGGUAGCACAUCACGAUCUCCGCUAUUAUCUAUGUACAAAUGGCUGCCUUAAAGGGACCAUAUUAACACAUAUUUUGUGUUUGGCAAUAACUCUUUCUUACAUGUUUAAAUGAAUGACUUAUUUUAUUUAGUAAUUUAAUGAAUAAACAUCAAACAGA